UCUCUGGUAUCGAAAUAUUUUUAUGUGCUAGCGACGCAUGUCGGUCGUAUUGCUGUAACAUUUCCUCAUAAAUUAAUGAACAGUCUUUGUUUAGAAUGGAAAUGAUCGUUCCCCAAACAAAACGGAUAAAACUGGAACAUUCUUAUGCGUAUCUGGCGGACACCACCCAAUUCGAACCUGUUACAGUGAAAGAAGAAGAUCCUCUCAAGUUAGCCGAGACUGACGUCGAAAGCAUAAAAAUUGAAGUGGCCGAUGAUGAUAACCUUGUAAAGACUGAACCAGCUGAGGAAAUCGUCGAGGAGGGUCACAAAUUCGAGUAUUUUAGUGUGACAAGUGAAAAUGAAUAUAAAAUCCCACCAGAUCAUAACUCGGUUGACAGGUUAGAUAAAAUACAAAAUGUCGGUACUAAAAUAGAAUGUGAAACGCCUUUGGACAAUCCAGUUGACGAUCCAUUAAAGUUGGUUAGUUUUGAGUAUGUGGCACCAGAUGUUGAGAAACCAAACGAUAAAAAGAAAACAAAGAAAAAUGUUUUGAAAGUUGCGGAUAGCCAUUUGACAUCAUUUCUACGCUUGCAGAAGGAGAGGGAUAAUUUACAGAAAACGAUCAAAAAGUUAAGGACAGAUUUAAAGGAUGUCAAAGCAAGGGAAAAGGCGUUACAGACAGAGUUGGGAGCGAGGAGAAUGUCGGAGCUGUCCCUGGAAGAGAUGAACGCGGAUUUGAACUGCCUGGUCCAAGAGUCGAUAAAGAAAGAGAAAGCAAACACCAAAACGAUAAAAGAGCUGAAUCAGAGGCUAAGCCAGGCGGAAAAGGAGAACCAGACGAGAUCCGACAUCUCGGAACGGAUGAGGCGGGACUUCUCCGACAGACUGGAAAAGAUGAAGGCCCAGCUGAGGAAAAGAGAUUUGGAACACCGAAACCUGGACGUAAAAUGCGGCACCCUCACCCACAACCUCUCGCGUCUCACGGCGAAGUACGACGUCCAAAAGCACGAACUGGCGCAAGUGAAACAGAAGUUACACGCCGUGGAACAGUCGCAAAUGAACAGCGUCAAGUCGUCUGCGAGCGUGAAGCAGCAGAUGGCCGAGCUGAGCAAGGAGUUAGCCGUGACGAAACGCACCAACGAGGAACUACAGAAAUCCUUAUUGACGGAGAAGAAGAUGAGCCGGUUCUUCAUCAAGGAGCGGGACCAGCUGCUGGAAGAGCAAGACGCGAAGUUCAAGGAGGCGGACAAGGAGCUGGUGAAGCUCAAGCAGUCGGUGGGGUCGCUGACGGCAGCCCUUACGCAGAAGAUCGCCGAGUGCAAGACGCAGAAGGACGCCACCAAGGUGGUGAUGAUCACGUAUCAGAAGAAGAGCCUGGAGUUGAGGCGGAAAAUGGAGGAGCUGGAGAAGAAGCAGGAGGAGCUCUCCAAGAAGGAGUGUGAAUACUGCGGGUUUUAACUACGCUUAUCGAUAUUGUUGUAAUUAAUUUAAAUAUAUUAGUUUUAGUGUUUUAUUUCGUCGUUUUUAACGUCGGCAGUGAUUGGAAUCUUCCGUAUAAUUGUGACUUUAAGCUGUUAAUUGCAAAAAUCUAAUUUAAAGUUUGAAACUUUUGUUAAAUACCUUUGUAAAAUAUACAGGGUGUUUCGUUGUAUAGAUGUAUGAGCCAUUAACGCUAUAUAUAAAAAAACAAAUGAAGCACAAUUUUUUUUUUUUUCUAAUAGACCAUCGAAAAGGGCACAUUGGGAAACUACAACUUUCUCAAAAUUGUGCAAAUAUUAAGCCUUCAUCGUUUUUAUGUCGAUUUUUAAGAAAUCGUAGGGAAUUUUUUAUCCAAAAUUUAAUAAUACCGUGUUAUUCUACAACUCCCAAA